AAGCAAACCUCUUGAUCGAAAACCUUGCAGCGAGUAACAGCAAUCAUAGCCAUGAGUAUGAUCGUUCUGUGCGUGUUGUUGGCUCCAUGAAUACAUAUGUUAUUAAAAGUCUCACUGCCAAGGUGGACCUUCUUUUGAAGAGAGAUCAGUAAGCUGUCAACAUGUGCGACGGGUAGACAGGUGCGUAUCAGCAAGUUGGAGUAAAUUCAGGUUUUGAGGGGACAGAGGAGCUGAACUAUGUAGGAGGACAAGGGAACUAUCAGAAUCAUGGGUUUAAUCAGAAUUAUCGAAAUCAUCCUAAUCUCUCCUACAGAAGCACUAAUGUCGAGAAUCCUCAAGAUCAGCUGUAUCCUCCACAUAAUCAACAAGGUAACUUCCCACAAGUAUUUCUGAACAAAGGUGCUGGAUUUAAUAGCUCAAAUGUCCAAGGAUACCACACACCAUCUGCAGCUCCACAAGAUAACAAACUUGAAUUGAUGAUGCAAGCACUGUUGGAGGGCCAUAAGAAAAGUUCUGCUGAGAUUAAUGUCAAGAUUGAUAGCAUGUUCAAUGAUUUGAAUGGGAAAUUUGAGAGGUUGAGUUCACGUGUUGAUUCCAUUGAUAAGAGAGUCUCUGCUAUUUCUUCUAGCUCUAAGAACAAAGAGUCAUGCAAUGCUAUAACACUCCAUGGUGGGAUUGAAGAUGGGCUGAGUUGUGUUGUGAUCAACUCAUGUUUGGAUUCCGCAGAGACGGGAUCGGUCAAUCCUGUGACUAGACCAGCCGAUCCCGUCGAUGACGCAGAACCAGUUUCACAAAGUCCUAGAUCGAUCGCUCCACGUCCAGACCAGUCGGUCCCUAUUGCAGGUAUGGGAAAACCCAACUCAGUUGUUCCUGAUGCAGAUACCAAGGAAUCAAUUCUUGCGGAACCAAAGCCCUAUAGGCCACAAAUUCCUUUUCCAAGAAGACAUGAGAAGAAACCUCUUGAUGAAAAGAAGUAUGGUCGGUACAAAGAAGCUAUAAGUGAGUUCAUCACUGACAUUCCCUUUGCAGAGGCAGUAAAUCAUAUCUCUUUGUUUAAGAAGGUUUACAAUGAUGUUGUGGUUGAAGAAAAGGAUUUGGUGGAGGUUAAGGCGUUUUUGGCUAGAGAGAAGAGCAUUCAUGCUCCAUCUUUGAAAAGACUACCCAAGUUAGAAGAUCCAGGAAAAUUUGUUGUUCCAUGCUCCAUCUUAGGAGUGAACUUUGAGGAUUCCCUUUGUGACACUGGAUCCAGUGUGAACGUAAUGUCUAAGGCUAUUGCAGAGAGAUUGGAGAUUGAUGAUAUGAAGGCUUCUAAGG